AUGUGGGGAGAACUUCAGCAGAAGGUCGCCCCACUUGCCCAGGUCAUGUUGGACAGUGGGGAAAAUGUGGACCACUACUGUAAUAGCGUUCAAUGUGAGAAUGGUGGAACGGCAUGCCCCAGCAGAAAAGCGUGCGAAUUUAUUGUUAGGGGGUUAAAAAGUAUAUAUGAGCAUAAAGAGAAACAAGAUGAAAGUAUGAUGGGCAGAGUGAAUAAUAGAAUAUUUAGGGCUACUAUGCGAUGUAUAGCACUAAAUGCAUUUAUAAAAAAAUUGAAGGAUGAGCACAAAUCCUGCCCUGUAGAUGAAGGGAUAAAUAAAGCAUUUGAUAUCGGGGACAGUAAUCGCGAAACAUGGUGUAAAAAUAAAGGUUCAUGUGAAAAGUGCCCACAGGAACAGUGUACAGAUUAUGCUAUUGAAAAUGAGAAACUGUGGGAUAAUGUAAAUGAGAAGCUCCAGGCGGAUGACAACAUACAGAAAACUCUGUCUACUAUAGAUAUUUUAUGCAAAGACUGUAACGAGGAAAGUAACCUAUGUAAACGUAUAGAUUGCGUAACCAAGAAAUGGGGUGUAAACCGGGAUGUAACAAAUCCAACCUGGGAUAACAUGCUCAGUGACAUCGACAGGAGGGCCAAAGAUAUGUUUGAACAUAUAUCUGAGAAUAACGCGGAUAUGGAACCUCAUUGCACUGGACAUUCAGGGCAAGAGAGUAGAAUAGUCACGGACCCAGAGAAAAAAGCAUGCCAAUACAUUACUGCAGGAUUAAAGCAUAUUUAUGAAAUUAAGGAGGAUGAAGUGAAAGAAAAUGACCAAGAGAAGAAAAGGAAGGUUAAGGACGAUAGAAUAUUUAAGCAGACUAUGGAAUGUCUCCUGUUAAAUGCCUUUGCAGAUGAAUUGAAAAAGCAGGUGAAAUCCCCCUGUGAGGUUAUUGAGGAAACAAUAAAACAAGCAUUUGAUGCUGGAAAUGGACAGAAAGGAACUUGGUGUAUGACUAAGCAUGAUGCCAAUAAUGAUUGUGUUCAGUGUGAUAGGUAUAAGGAUUAUAGAAAAUGCGAAAUAAGCGAUGGCAAAAACAAUGAAGCAGUGGGGCCUAAGUUGGAUGUCUUGUUCCAGAAUAACAACAAAAAAGGUGAAAUACAACAAACUCUAACUACUAUAAGUAAUAUAAAUAACUUAUGUGAUCGUUCACAAUGUGUAAUAACACAAUGGACAAGGGACAAUAGGGGAAAGAAAAUAAAAGGGAACCAAAUAAUAAAGUGGGAGAAGGACAGUUGGGACGACAUUACACGGACGAUUGAUCCACUUGCGGACGCCAUGUCUAAGCCGGAUGCAAACGUGGACAGUUUAUGCAAUAGCACGGAACAGAAGAAUAAAGAAGCAUGCAAGCAAAUUGUCAGUGGACUGAUGCAUAUAUACCAGAUUCCUGAAGAGAAGUGGGAUGAUAAGGACGGUAAGGAUAAGCCCAGGAAUAAUAGACUAUUUAAGCAAACUAUGUCAUGUUUUAUUUUAAAUGUGUACACGGACCUCAUUAAAGAAAAGUGUCCGAACAUAGGUAAUACAGUACGCAAUUUUUUUACUGUCGGAGGAAAUCUCCACACAACUAAAUGUACAAGAGGGAGUACAUGUAUUCCAUGUGAGUGGCACGAAUGUGCGGAUAUGAGGUUCGAUGGAAAGAAACUACGUAACAGAAUAAAAGAGGAGCUCAAGGAAAAGAAUAACAAAAUAAAACAAGCUCUGGAUAAAAUAUGUCCAUCUGCCAAACCAGCAACUGUACAACCCCCCGCAGCAGGGCGGGCAAGGAGUGAUAGUGAUGAUGACAAGAGUGCAAUACAGACAGGUAAGAAAGCACAAAAUACGGAUGAUGCAAUAGGUCUUCCUCUAUUUGAUGAUGAAUAUGACACUGUUCAUCACACAAAGAGUAAUGAGGAUGAAGAAGAGAAUAGGUGGCUCGCUGCGAAUUCCGGUAAAUCGCAUGUUACUGUUAUUGACGCUGGAACUACUGUCAUUGCAGGUCCUGAAAUAAAGGAUAGUGAAAAGAAGGAUAGUAAUCCCGGAAACCUGUUCCAAAGGCUGAAGCUGGAGCAGGUGCUGCUGCUGGAGGAGGUGGUGGGGGAGGGGCAGGUGUGGGUGCUUCCCCUCGGACAGUUAAUAAGCAAGUUGAAAACACGGCCCCCACAACUGUUCAACACCAACCUCAACCCCAUCCUCAACCAGCUCCGGGGGCUCCUCUUCCUGCAGUACCAGAUGGAGGACCAGUUCCAUCAGUACCUGCUUCAUCAGAAGCAACAGAACAAACAGCAUUGUCAUCUGAAAUUGCUACUACCAAGUAUUUUGUCCUCGGUAAAAGAAGAAAACGUCAAAGAAGAGCACAUCAAGUACGUGGUCCUCCAACUUUACAAGAACAACUCCAUCAUGUGGAUGACCCGGAUGGUCCACAUGCAUAUACCUUAG